UGGGCGCAGGGCCGCGGGGACCGGAGACCGCCAUGGUGCGAUUCAAGCACAGGUACCUGCUCUGCGAAGUGGUGUCUGAUGAUCCCCGCUGCCGCCUGAGUCUGGAGGACCGAGUGCUGAGCGGCCUUGUACGAGACACAAUCGCUCGCGUGCACGGGACUUUCGGCGCAGCCUCCACUUCCAUCGGCUUCGCGGUGCGAUACCUCAAUGCCUAUACUGGAAUAGUGCUACUUCGAUGCCGGAAGGAAUUCUACCAACUUGUGUGCUCAGCUCUUCCUUUCAUUACAUACUUGGAGAACAAAGGACACCGUUACCCGUGUUUUCUCAACACUUUACACGUGGGAGGUACAAUUCGAACGUGUCAGAAGUUCCUGAUUCAUUACAACAGGAGACAGCUGUUGAUGUUAUUGCAGAACUGCACUGAUGAAGGAGAACGGGAAGCUAUCCAGAAAUCUGUCACAAGAAGCUGUCUACUAGAGGAGAGGUCAGAUGAGGAGCAGCUUUCAGAUAGUGGUGGUGAGGAGCCUUCUGAAGCAAUGGAGUGAACUUCUGGAGGCUAUGCUGUGACCAAGAUUCAGGGCCCUCUUGUUGGAACAGGACAUUCUGGGAGGCAGCAGCAUCUUCUAGUUUCCCAAACUGGAUGAUUGCUGACCAGAGGCCAAGUUAUCAGCUUAAAAUGGAGGACUUGUUCACUUAAACUGAACGUCACUUUCACCUAGAGGGUCUGGUUAAGUGAUUCUGCAGGUGGUGAAGCCCCUGUGGUUACAGACAUCUCUGUAUCUCAUUGCCUGGCCGAAAGUAGGUCUGUUAAAUGUCCUUGGCUUCUGUAGCAUUUAGCAUACUUAAGUUCAAGUUUGGCCAACUCUCCUUCCCCGCCCCCACUUCCCCCCCCCAAGCUCAUUGGGAAGGCUGGCUUCCCUACAGGAUAGCAGAUGCAUAGCUUCCCACUUGAGGCCUUGUGCCCCAAUCCCUAGGAUGAAUCCUAAGUAAUCCAGGUCAUGUUGAGUAUUGAGACACAGCAAAUGAACUGGUACAGAUGUAUAGCUGGUCUCAGUCCUGACCCACAGGGCCUUAAACACACCAGAUUCCUUCCCAAUUAUAAUCAGGCAACAGGACAAUGUAGUUUUCCUACUUCUCUUGAGGGGCAACAAAACCUAGCCUUGCCUGACAAGCAGCAGCUGCCAGCUUCCAGUGGUUUCCUGCAGUUCACCCUUCCCCUGCUGUCUACACCUGCCAGGCACCUGAUGACCAGGGACCCUGCCACACUCACAGAAGCAGGGAGGUUUUGAUCUACUAUCUACUAAUGACAUUUCUAGGAUCUGUUUUCUUGAAUAAAACAUGUUCUUCAGAGUCUCUUACAGAUUUAA